CUGUGGACAUUUAGCCGACUACAAAUAUUUGUAAAAUGUAAACAAAUGUCGUAUCGUGAGGAUGGUGCAUAUGGAUACAACAUAAAGAAAAUGUACAACCGAAACCUGAACCACCUAAGCAUAAUAGGCGAUUCCGUCACUGAACCAGCUAGAAAAAGGAGCGUAUAUUUAGAAGGCGCCCAACCAUUCUACCACACCUCUCUGUCUAAAAUAACCAAAGUCGCUCCAGCUCCAGGAGAUUAUGCCAACGGCGCUCCCAACGCUUUCCAAAAAUCUGCAUUAGAUAGCGCCCUUUUCGACACACUGAAGCCCGUGUUGACCCUUAUGAGAGUCAUGGGGAUCUUCCCCAUAACCAACCAAGGGCAGAUAUUUCAAGUCACUCCGCAGUGGAUGAUAUACUCGAUAGUCAUCUGUUUCCUCAUUUUGGGAUACAUUGGAUACAUCAGAUGGGAUAGAGUCCAGAUGGUGAGAUCUGCCGAGGGUAGAUUCGAAGAAGCUGUUAUCGAUUACCUCUUCACUGUAUAUCUGAUUCCCAUCGUCAUGAAUCCCAUAGCGUGGUAUGAGGCAAGAAAACAAGCCGCGGUUUUGACGAAUCUCGUGGCGUUUGAGAAAAUGUACCGGAAGAUUUCGAAGAAGAAGAUUUAUGUUUUCCUGGGUAACAGGCCGCUUAUAACAGCCAUUGGGUUACCUGUGCUGUCUGUGGCUACUAUGAUAGUGACGCAUAUUACGAUGGUGCAUUUCAGGUUUCUCCAGGUGGUUCCUUACUGUUACAUAAACACAAUAACUUACCUCAUUGGAGGAGCCUGGUACAUUUACUGCGACCUUAUCGGGAAAGUGGCCACUCUUAUAGCCUCGGAUUUCCAGCAAGCCUUAAGAAACAUAGGGCCUUCAGCUAGAGUGGCGGACUAUCGCUCCUUGUGGAUGUUGUUGAGCAAAAUAAUACGAGACGUAGGCAACGCCUUUGGCUACACCGUAACCUUCCUCUGCCUCUACCUUUUCCUGGUCAUCACCCUGACUAUCUACGGGCUGAUGUCUCAGAUUCAGGAGGGUCUUGGAGUUAAAGAUAUUGGCCUGGCCAUAACUGCGGGUUAUGCUAUUGCCCUGUUGUUUUUCAUUUGCGAUGAGGCGCACUACGCCUCGAAUUGCGUAAGGGUGCAGUUCCAGAAGAAGUUGCUGUUAGUUGAGCUGAACUGGAUGAACGAUGAUGCGCAACAAGAACUAAUUGCAACGAUGGUAACGUACUUGGUGGUGCUACUCCAGUUCCAGAUAAGCAUACCAGAAGACAGUUCUGGCGGCGAAACCACUGCAUCGGGUGUAACAGAGAAAACCACCACUAGUAAUUAACAUCGCUGUGUCACCGAUAAAAUCCUCAUCACGCCACGGUAUAAUUAAGUCUAA